AUGCUUGAGCCAGCCGCCAGCAGGAUGUUCCUGUCACCAUGCUUGAGCUAUAGUCUUAGUGAGCAUACAUUGUUGCCUGCCUGCACAUCCUUUGUUCACUUGGGCUUCUAUUGGCUGGUGAAUCCAGACCAUCUGGCGUUGGGAGCUUCAAGACACCACUGCACUGCGGGACAUUGCUGGUCAUUACUGCCACAUCUACCAAGGAUGCCACACGCAUGGCUGGACAAUGCAUGGCUUCUUGCCAUUUUUUGCAUGGCUUAUUUGUGUACUUUGUUUCACUGGCUUCACCGUACUUUAGGUCUUCUUCUUUAG